AGCUUAAUCGUAAAUAUAGUAUAAACGAGUAGUGUUUUAAAAUCUUUAAAUUAUGUGUUGGCUGUAUUAAUUAAAUAAUAUUCAAUAGAAAAAAUUAAAUAACAGAGAUGUAUAAUACAGCGAUAAGGUAGGAGAAGAAAAGAAUGUGUGUGGCAAAAGGAAAUAAAAUUGAAAAGAAACAAGGACAAGGACAGCGAUGCAUAAAACAUCCUAGAUCCAAAGCGCACUGGAAGUGUAAACGAAAUAAAUGAUAGUCAAGAAAGAGCGAUACUGGGAAUGCUAAACAAGAGCUGUGCAAAUAAUACAAUUGGCCGGUGUUGCACCUCGCGGGAUACACAGCAUGUGCCACCGGAGCACAGGAAAUUCCGACGCGUUCAUGGGCUGCAGCUGCCACUGCAUCCUCAACAGAUCGUCGGUUGGGUGCUGCUGAUCGUCGUGUUUGUCGGUACUUUCACCGUGUUGCUGACGACGCCACCGCUAUUGCCCGAUCUGCGCUUCGUCCUCUCAUUACUAUUUGCCGCGUUAUUUCUACUGCACGUGUCGACUCAUUUGACAGUGUUACUGCUAGAUCCGGCCGAUCCCGAGGUCCGCGCUCGACCAGUUCGCGUGAUCGUACCGGAGUUUGACCGAGCAAAGCAUCGACAUGUUAUCGAGAACGGCCGAUGCCACCUUUGCAACAUAACGACGCGUGGUCGGCGGACCAAACACUGUUCCAUCUGCAACAAGUGCGUACCGCGUUUCGACCAUCACUGCAAAUGGUUGAACAAUUGCAUCGAUCACAGGAACACGAGCAUGAAUAACGCCACGGCGACGCCACCAUUGUUGCCGAUGCCUGGCACCGGCUCGCUCGUCCUCGUCACUGUCAUUGGCGUUCUCUCGGCCAUCGCUGCGGUGAUGCUCAUACACCUCUGCUUCUUUCACGGCUAUAUCGCCUGUCUUGGUCUCACCACGUAUGAAUACGUGCGCAACAAACGGGAGAGGGGUACUGCUGUCGCCGACUCCAGAACAACGUCUACCUCUGGCCUAUGUGGCAUACCUUAUUGUACCGCUGCCGAUGAGGAUCACAUCAACCGGACGGUACCUGGCGGGCGAGGUCUCUAUUCUCGCUUCUGCGAGAAUGGUCCUCUACGCAAAACUAAUACUACGAGCACAACGAGAAUGACGAUGGCGACAACGGACGUGUACGUUUGCUCGACGCACGAGGAAACCCGGAGCGACGAAGCAACGGCGAACGUUAAAGAUGUCUUCUCCAAGACGAGAGAUGGAUUACCUUCGAUGAGAGGUGGCCGGAAUUUUCGUCUUUGUUUCUCGUACGAUUCGCGCACCACCGAGACCUCCAUUCAGGUCUCUUCCUCGCAGACGACGGACGCGAUGGAGCUGAGAAACCAUGUGCGUGACUCGCCGGAUGCCAAAUCAUCCUCCACGCCUUCGCCGGUGUCUUGUUGCUUCUCCAUCAUGAACCAUCCCGAUGGCAGCAGGCACGAUGGAAACGGACGAAAGCGUCGCACCGGAGAUAAUAGGAUCGAACCGACGAAACGAUCCUGCGGAACAAUGAGAAGAAUACAGACUUUUCUGCAGGCUCGUCUGAGGAAAGGUUCGAGGCAACGAUUAACGACUUCGUCGUCGGCGAUCGCUCGUCAUUGCGGCAACAAGAUCAUUCCGCAGCCAGGCAGUCCUCCGGACAUCGCACUUGCUUUAACCGAACAUCAGGAUCGGAAUGUCGAAGCAUUGACGACAGAACUGACGACACCACCGGAUUACUCACGUCCACCGGCGAGGCUACCCGCCCUAGAUUUUUCGCGCACCGUGCGCAAAAUUAGAAAAGUACCUUCAAAUACCACUGAUAUUUCCGUCCUGGGGCAGACGCCGCCCUCCACGGUAUCUAAACGAAAUCAAACUCACCUUCGCACACGGCGGAGCGGGAGUUUUUCCAAGAAGAGACCGCACUUCAAGAUCGGCUCGCAUGUCGUAACGCAGACCGCUCAACUGUCGCCCAUACCGGAAUCGGAGCUUUCGAAACCGGCUACGCCGAGAUCGCCGUCGCGAUCGAAUUCUAUAUUCGCCUUCCCACCAUUACACGAGUAA